AUGGGUCGAGGGAUGGAGGAAGGAGAGGAGAGGUUGGCUAGGGGAGUGAGGGCGGCGAAGAAGAAAGACGAUCACCAUAAGAGAGGUUUAAUAUCGACGGCGCUGGGGCGGGAAAGCGUCUGGCAGUGGUGGCAGUGGCAGUGGCAGGCGGGUGUCCUUGUAGCGGCGGAGGGCCUGCUGGGUAAAGUUCCAACUCGCCCACCCGCCGCCACCUGUGCUUCCGACACAUCUGCAAGCCAGCUGUCCACGAAUGUAGCGUUGCAGAAUCCGCGUUCCCAACGGCCUCUCGCAGCCGGACGGGAGGGUGAUGUUAUCUGGGACUACCCACAGCAACGAGGCGCGGAAUCAGCCAUUAUUGGACUCUAUUCUCCACGUUGGGCUGCGUGUACGCCUCCAUGCACAGCUCACGAAGAUAGACCCGCCACAAACAUGGGACAUAUUACUGCCACCGAUUCCCUCAAAAAGGACCAAAAGGCCAAAUAA